CGUGUUUGUGUUAAAGUCAUCAGGUAUUAAACCGGACAAAAGUUUAGUAUAACUGUUAUUGUACUGAAAAGCUUUCCGCUAUGUAAACUUGGAUUAAAGUUUCCUAUUCACUGGACACUUUGUGGAGCAGAUGUGUUGUAGCAAAUCGCAUCAACAACUAUAGUUAUAUUUUCAUUCAAAGAGGUCAUUAUAUUCAAACACCAUAUAAUUCAACGAGAGAGAACAUUUAUUUUGGAAGGUUUUUUGUGAUGAUCAUGCUGUUUAUGAAUCAAUCGAACUAAAAUAAGUUAGUAUCAGCGUAUGGUGGAAACAAUAACUAACAGAUAAGAAAUGACGAAUUUGAACCAUGUUUUAUCUAGUAGAAAUGCAGCUCCUCCUCAUCUGUAUUUCAACGAAUUAACCGUUGUUUCGAACAAAUAGGCUCUCAUUGAUGCAAAAGCAAAAACUAUUUUUCAUCGAAUUCCCAACUGUUUAUUCCGCGAUUCGUUAUGCUUGUUUUUCCAGUUUUUCGUGCUGAUAACUGUGAUUCAUUGAUAGGUUGUGAAGCCAAAGUUUUUUUCGAGUCUGUGACCCACUGGUUUGAAGUAAAUAAAACUUCAGUUUGCAUAAAAAGUUUAUCCGUUCAGAAAAUGCCACUGUCGAGCCGUGUAUUGCCUACAUAGUGCUUCUGAGUUAACUUACGUCUGUCAGGGCUGUUGAAUUUGGUGUGAGGAGAUUGAUAUCAUUAUUUGCAUGUUUAUCACCAAAUUAUGGUAUGUCUCAUAGUAUUGUCACAAAUACCGCUAAUGUUACAGAUAUGGAUUAUCGGGCACCCACCAAACAUCUUAACUUUUCAGUAUUUACGUCUCUAAAGUUCAGUUUCAUAUUGCUUAUUCCUGUUACCCGUUGUGGUUGAGUAUGGGCCGCACACCAGCAUUCUCCAUCUAACUCUGUCCCGGGCAAUCCUUUUCAUGUCUGCUUCCAAUGCUCGGUUCAGUGUCUUCUGUGGUCUGCCUCUUUUCUGUUUCAACUUGGGAUUCCGAGUUAACGCUUACCUCAUGAUGCAGUUUGAGGAUUUCCGUAACGUAUGUCUUAUUCCACCUCCAGUGUUCUUUCCAAACUUCCUCUUCAGCUGGAAGUUGGUUUCUUCUCUCGCACAAUAGUUUGUCGCCGAUAGUAUUAGGCAAACGGAUCUAGAGUACUUUACGCUAACAAUCGUUUAUAAAUAUUUGUACUUUAUCAAUGAUGAUUGUCGUAGUUCUGCAAGUUUCAUCUCCGUGCAGUAGAACUGUCUUGAUGUUCGUAUUGAAUUUUGUGACUCCGAUGUUGGCCGACAGUUGUUUUGAAUUCCAUAUGUUUUUCAACCGUGGGAAUGCUCUCCUUGAUUUGUCAACCCUUGCCUUUACAUCUGCAUGAGGUUCUUCUUGUUUAUUGGUGUUGCUGUCCGGGUAUAUGAGUUUCCACAUCUUCCAGAGCUUCUCCAUUAAUUGUGGUACGAUUGGUGCUCGUUUUGUUGUAUUUCAGGACCUUGAUUUUUCCUUUGUGUAUGUUGAGGCAUACUUUAGUCAAGGCUGCCGCUACACUGACUGCCUUCACUUGCAUUUUUUUAUGUGGGAUAGAAGAAUUAGGUCACUUUCGAAGUCCAAAUCUUUUAGGUGCAUUUAAGCUGUGUAUUGUAUUCGUGCUUCCCCUGAGAUAUGGAGGUCUUCAAGUUUAGGCUUAUUGCCUAUCUCCACCUGCAUUUUUCGGCGUGUAAAAAGACUAUUCAGUCUCAUAUUUUGAUAUGUAAUACACAUUCUACACUGUUUCUGACAAGCAUCAGUUGCUGGGUAAUCAAGGAGUGUCCGUCCAACAUUUUAUAUCACUUUGAGUCAAUUUCGUCCACAUACUCGAGUUUUUUUUCAAUCACGUGAAGGUGACAAAAAUAGCAAAUUUAGUUUAACCCAAUCUGGUUCUAAUUUCGAACCCAUUGAAAAGGUCUUUUUAAUCUUUAACUGUAAAAGCAAUAUCUUCCAGCAUAAGAAUCAGGUUUUGACUUUAUCAAUCCUAGCAUUUUGAAGGCAAACUUGAUUUUCUAAGUAGUUACCGACUUCUAAAUGGCGUGUGAAGAAAGAUGCGGAUAUUUUAUGAAAGAAAAAAAUAAAUUUUGUCAUCAACUUCGCGUUAAGGGAUCAGAUCGCUGUUUUAACCACAUAAGCGAAUCAUCCAUAGCUAAAGUGGCUUGUCCAUUGGAUCCAAAACAUCUCGUCAGCCGUUCAAAUCUUGAAAAACACUUGAAAAAGUGUAGUAAGCAGCGUAGAAUUAAGGCUGUAUAUGAGGUGUCUGGAAUCAAUUCAGCCAACUUAUGUAAUAGUAAAAUUGUUCCAAAACUGUCGCUAGCUGAUGUGUCUGCAGUUACAACGUUACGGCUGAUAGCACGUUUAGAAGAAUUGAGUACAGAGUUGAAUCUUAUUGACCAAAUCAAAGAUUUAUCAGUAGGUGAUAUUCAUCCACUUAUUUCAUUCACAAUGAAUAAUCCUCGUCAUUGGUGUACAAACGGAUUUCCUGGAUUAAAUGAAAUACCCUCUUUUCUUCAGUCAGACUCUAUAUCAUUGAAUAACAGCACUGAUAAAGUCAAUCAAGAUACAAAUUUAUCAGAGGAUAACUUCUCAGUAAAUCCAGAACAUGCGAUCCGUGGAUCAAAGCGUCAUAUAUAUCAGAAUGGAUGUCUGAUUCGAGUUUUGGAAAAGGAAAACCUCCUUACUACUGGUAAUUUAUAUCUUGAAUUCGGUGCUGGUCGUGCUGGAUUAUCUCACUGGAUCAACAACUGCUUAGCAUCUUCUGAAUUAGGCUCUCGUUGUUACGAUCGGUUUCCAGGUAUAUGGCCAGUAAAGGCACCUGAAACUGACUUUAUAGUUGUGGAGCUCAAUUCCGUUCGAAAUAAGAUGGAUAGACGUCAACGUGAUGAAGGAAAUUUCACACGUAUUAAAAUAGAUAUAGCUAACUUGGAUCUUACUCGUGUUCCACUGAUACAACAGAAUAAAAGACCAUUAAUUGCUGUUGCCAAACAUUUAUGCGGUGAUGCUACAGACUUAUCACUUCGUUGUUUAAAAAAUGGUGAAAAGGUUAUAAACCUCGCAGGUAUAAUGUUUGCUGUGUGCUGUCAUAGUAAAUGUACUUGGGAUGAAACAGUUGGUCGUUUUUGGCUAGAGAAAGAAGCAAAGAUAACAUCAGAUGAAUUUCGCUUAAUCUCUUACUUUUCCUCAUGGGCAGCUUGUGGAUUCAAAUGUGAAUCGUCUGAACAAGCUGACAAUCCCAUUCACAGCUCUAAUCAAAGCUAUUUGGAAGCUUUAAAGAGUGCCGAUGAAAAAGAAUGUCAGGAUGCACUCCACAAUCUAGAUGCAUGUGUAAGGGUGAAAAUCGGAAAAAUAUGUAAACGUUUAAUUGAUUGGGGACGUCUUAUGUACAUAAAACAUGAGUUAAAUCUUCCGAAUAUCUGUUCUGUGGCCUAUACAACAUCAGAUGUAACACCUGAAAACAUUGUGAUAUGCGCUAGUCGGUGA